GGUGAAAAAUAUAAAUGUGUAAAAUAUAAGAUUGUAUAAAAGAUUGGAAAGAUCUGGGAAAAAAAUCUGAGGAUAUAAUGCGAGAUCUAGAAAAAUAAAUUUGUAAAUGUUUGGCGAGGACAUUUUAAACUAUAACAAGGCGUAUUUAAGCUUUGAUCUGGAUCAUUUGGAGUUAGAUCCAGUGGAGUUGAGUAUAAACAACGAGAGCUCAGCGUUAGAGUACAGGUACUACGAGGAGUUUGAUGAAGGGCACUACAUGUGCAAGAAAAAUUACGCCUUUAACAAAAUCACAGGCUUCGUGACUGAGGAUUUUGAGCACAGAUUCACAAACACCAGGAAUAUUAUUACUCGUCAACGAGAAGUCAUUUGGUUCACAACUGACACUAGCCAGUAUGCCUUCCAAAUCACAGUUAAACUUAAUAACAUUUACAAGAAUAACAAGAGUAUUACAUUACAUUUGGUAAAUGGAGAUGUAAAGAGACUUGGUUGGAUUAACGGGAAAUGGGUUGAGAAUAGUAGAACUGAGCUAGACAUCACAAAGGGUUGGGAAUCCAAAGAGUAUAAAAUUACAGGAGAUGGAAGAAUUAGAAACUUCCAAACAUCUGAAGGGUUUGUAUUUAAGAAAAUCGUUCAAUCUCACUGGUUAUUCUUUGAUGAUGAGAAGGUUAUUUGGGAGGCUGGGAGUGACUUGGAAUGUUCAAGGUCAGUAUCAAUGUUUUCAGGCGACAAAGGCUCUAAAUAUCUCGCCGUAUUAAUGGCCAACAACGAUUAUCAAUUAUUUUACAAGGCGAAUAAUAAAAAGCCUUGGAAAAACAUUACCAGAAAGAGACUCACAAAAAACAUCUUCAGACGCCAUAAAAUUGAAAAAACGAUAGUAAAAAACUUGGAGGAUGGAUUAUAUGAAACUGUAAUCUAUGACAUGUAUUAUAUAGUAAGACUUUUAAGGAAUACAAAGGGCAGAAUUGGGUUUAACAUUUAUCCUGAUCAAGCGAAUUGUGACUACUAUUACACUAAUCUCAUGACAAAUCGAGUUGUCGUAACUCACAAUGGCAUGUUUUUAGAAGUUGACCCCAAGAGAAGUAUUUACACUACCAGAAGUUAUGAUCUGGAAUAUUACAACGAAUCUGACUAUGAUAAGAGUUUUAGCCCUGACUCUGGCAAUGAUCGUGUUUUUGACCCUUUCUUCUGUUACAAAAACAACAGUUUCAAGACGAAAUCUGUAGCCAUCAGUGAUGUUAAAAAGAGAUUCUUCAGUCCCAACGCAAAGAAAAUUGCAAAUCCAAUACCAAAACUACAAAAUAUUACCACGAAUCAGGAAAAUCCCAGAGACGUAAUUAGGAGUAAUUCACAGCCAAUUACCAACAGUAGUGUUAACAGGAGUAACUCACACCCAAACACUUCGGAAAUAAAUAGAAGUAAAUCCACCGUAAACACCGGUGAAUUUAGUAACUCCACUGUUAACGCUGUGGAAUUGAGUAACUCCAGUGUUAAUAAUGGAGAAUUGAGUAACUCCAGUAUUAACAGUGUGGAAAAGAGUACGGGGGAAUUGAAGGGAAUAAUGUUGGACAUUGGAAGUGAGGAGGGGGAGAGUUAUAAUUACUAUAGAGAGGACGAGUUUGUGCAAUUUGAUUGUAAAAAGGGAUAUAAAUUUGACAGAGUAAUUUUAUGUGAGAGUUUAUACAUUGAUCCUCAGGUCAUUUGGGAGCAGAAUGAUCCCUUGGAGAUAGUAACUCAUGUAUCAUUUUUACACUCUUCUGAGCAGUAUUUAUUGUUAUUUUCAAGUUACUACAGGUACAGAUUAUUCAAAUGUUCCAGUGACCGGACUUGGGAGGACAUAACUGAAAGUAGUAUUAAGAUGAGUAAAUUUAUCUUUUACGGCGCGGGAGAGAGGGUAAUUUACCCUUCAGAGGUUAGUGUUGAUUUAUUUAAGUUCCAAUUUGAGGUUAAAAUUAACUGCUACAAGGUAGUUUACGACAAGGGUAAAAUCUCCAAAACCUGUGAAAUGAACCGUAAAAUCAAGAGAAUCGUAGUUAAACUACUGGAGAAUAGAGUUGAUAUUUUCUAUACUGAGAAGUUUGUACAACGGCUCCUGGUCAAAGAUAAUAAAGUACAAAUCUCAAUCCAUGACGUAUGCGAUCAUUACUCACAUCAUAAACCCACACUCACACACUCUUAAUCCAGUUAAUCUCAUAACAUACAA